AUGGCGGGGGACGACUUUGAAGCGAGUCGCUACAGAGUCUUAGUGGAUCGUUGCUUGGGUUUGGAAGCGAGUCAUGCUAAGCUGAGGGAAGAGUUUGACGAGCUUGUGCAGCAAGAUAAAAGUAAAACAGAGGUGGUGGGGACGUCAGAUUCAGGCGAUGCCACGCCAUAUUCCUGUUUCGUAACGUUUCCGGGGUUCUUCUCGACGGGGAGUCCUUUUAAGAACGUGUUGGAGUCCAUUGGACAUGCUGUUCAUGUCUGCUCAGUUUCUUCGGAAAAGAUUACAUUUUGGAAUCGCUCAGCUGAAAAUCUUUUUGGAUGGAGGUCCAAUGAAGUCCUUGGACAAAGAGAUACAGAGCUUCUUAUAGCUGCAGAAUACAAUACACCCUUAAAAAAAAUUAUGGAGAAAUUGAGCUCUGGGAAAUCAUGGUCAGGUCAGUUCCCCUUGAAGAGGAGGUCAGGUGAAAUGUUUAUGGCGUUGGUAAGCAAAAGCCCAUUAUAUGAGGAUGGGCAGCUCACUGGUAUUAUCACAGUCUCAAGUGAUGCAGCCAUUUUUAAUGGUAUAAAUUCAGAGAGUCUGGGAACAUACCAGGAUCAUGGUAGACUAAGGAGAAUAAAGAUGAAAACGAUCCAGUGGCAUCCACCACGGCCACAGAGUGGACCAUCUGUUUCUAAUCUGGCCUUAAGGUUUCUACUCAACAAACAGGAUGGUACUAAAUCAAGGGACGAAGAGGAUGCUGCAACAAGUACUGAAGCCAAGUUAGAGACACCUAAUACAGCAGAAGGUAAACUUUACACAAAUUCACAUGAAGAGAGCAACCCAGCUGAAGGAACAAGCUGUCGAAAGGAUGAAAAUGCAUUCAAUUUUGCUCAACCUUCCAAAAUUGCAGCAAAGGUCUUGGCAAAACUGCACAUCAGGGAAACUAGCAACCACAGCAACGAAUAUGAUGAAAGUGUUAAGCAGAAUGGCCCAACUAGUAGAUUGGCAAGGAAUGAUGCGACAGAUGUACCUAAUUCUUUUGGAGAUUCAAAUGCAUCAACUCCGAACCACUUCAAUCCUUUCUCUGCAGCUGAAAAUGCUAUUGCAAGUGUACAUAAGCACACAAGUCCAGCAUCUGUUGAAGAGAAAAAUGUUGUAGCCUCUUCAAAAGAGUGCAAUGGACAAUUUUGCUUAGCCGGAAUAGGAGAUUCUACUGCAGGAUUAGCGUGCCAAGGAAAUGGCAAUGAGUUGGAGCUAGAGUUUCCAAAUAUGUAUGCUUCAGAGAUGGAACAUGAAGUACAAAAGCAUACAGACGGAAAAAACUUCUCAAGUUUAUGGGAGAGCAUAGGCAGCCAAGGGAGUUCAUCAAGCAAAGGGGAUAAUGAGUCAAACUCUAUUGUUGAUUGUGAGAUUCAAUGGGAAGACCUACAUUUGGGGGAGGAGGUUGGACAAGGCUCAUAUGCAAUUGUUUAUCGUGGAAUUUGGAAUGGAUCAGAUGUUGCCGUUAAGGUGUAUUUUGCGGGUGAAUACAGAGAGUCAACAUUACUAGAGUACAAAAAAGAGAUUGAUAUAAUGAGGAAACUGAGACAUCCAAAUGUACUGUUGUUCAUGGGAGCAGUGUACUCACAAGAACGACUUGCCAUUGUCACAGAGUACUUGCCUAGGGGAAGCCUUUUCAAAACACUUCACAAGAAUAAUCAGGCAUUGGACCUUAGAAGGCGUAUGAAGAUGGCCCUUGAUGUUGCCAGAGGCAUGAAUUAUUUGCAUCAUAGGAAUCCGCCAAUAGUGCAUAGGGAUCUGAAAUCUUCCAACCUCCUUGUUGACAGAAACUGGAAUGUCAAGGUAGCAGACUUUGGCCUGUCAAGGUGGAAAAAUGGAACUUUCUUAACCACAAAGUCUGGGAGAGGAACACCCCAAUGGAUGGCCCCAGAAGUCCUUAGGAAUGAACCUUCAAAUGAAACGUCUGAUGUGUUCAGUUUCGGAGUCAUCUUAUGGGAACUAAUGACUGUCUCCAUUCCGUGGAACAAUUUGAACUCUUUACAGGUUGUUGGAGUUGUAGGCUUCAUGGAUAGACGAUUAGAGCUACCAGAAGGCCUUGAUCCUCAGGUAGCAUCAAUUAUCAGUGACUGCUGGCGAAGUGAACCAGAAAAUCGACCAUCUUUUGAAGACAUAAUCAAUAGAAUGACAGGCAUUUUCCCAAAAUCUGCCACAGGAUUGGCUCGAAGAAUAAAUACUGCAAUGGGAGGGAGUUAGCACCAUUGUUAACUCUCACUUAGUGGAUAGUCAUAGAUAUACUUAGGCUAUAGGAGAAAUCAAACUAGUCAACUGUACAAAUAGCUUAGUAGUAGAUAGCUUGUCCUACCUUCAUUUUUUCCUCCAUUUUGUUUCUUUAUUUUCCUUUAAGAAAAUAAGGGAAGGGGGAUGAAGUGUUAGAUUUUGGGGUAUCAUUUUUCUCUAAAAAGAGAAAGAAAAAGCAAAACUACAACAAUGGAAACAUGUUUCUUUAUAGAAA